CAGUAAUCUGUGCAAAUAAAUGUCAAAAAAUCCGGUGGCGCGGUUGUUGUGAAGUUGUAAACUGUAAACUAAAUUCUUUGAUUUUGUGUUUGCAAAAUAAUUGCAUUUACUAAAUAAAGUAUAGUUGUUUAUGUGAAAAGUCAUUAUGGUGCAAAACGAUGGCGAUACUUGGUCAUCGGACGACACAUUUAGAGUUUUGAUAGCUUCAGACAUUCACCUAGGCCAUCUCGAGAACGACGCCGUGCGCGGCGAGGAUAGCUUCAUAGCCUUCGAAGAAGUGCUCUCCCUGGCCGUCCAGUACGAUGUCGACCUGGUGCUGCUGGGAGGAGACCUCUUCGACCACGCCAAGCCCUCGCCGAGUUGCAUGUUCAAGUGCACGCAGAUCCUUCGCAAGUAUUGUCUUGGAGACAAGCCGGUCUCCGUCGAGGUGCUCUCGGACCAGUUGGACAACUUCUCGCGCGCCGUCAACUACGAGGACCCGAAUCUGAACGUGUCGUAUCCCGUGCUGUCGAUCCACGGCAACCACGACGACCCGGUGGGGCAGCACGGCGUGAGCUCGCUCGACAUCCUGUCCAUCUCGGGGCUCGUCAACUACUUCGGGCGCUGCAGCGACUACUCGCGCGUGCGCAUCGCGCCCGUGCUGCUGCGCAAGGGCCGCUCGCGCCUGGCGCUGUACGGCCUCAGCCACAUCAAGGACCAGCGCCUCGCACGCCUCUUCCUCGAGAAGAAGGUCGAGAUGGAGCUGGUGGACGACAGCGGCGAGUGGUUCAACAUGCUGGUGCUGCACCAGAACAGAGCCGACCGAGGGCCUCACAACUUCAUACCAGAGAAUGUGUUGCCUUCGUUUCUAGACCUCGUGGUGUGGGGUCACGAACACGACAGUCAGGUGUUCGCCGCUAAAGAUGUCAAGAGGGAAAACGAGAAUUUUCUGGUGGUCCAGCCCGGGAGCACGGUGGCCACGUCGCUGGCGGCCGGCGAGGCGCUGCCCAAGCACUGUGUGCUGCUGCAGCUGCACCAGAAGGAGUACAUUGUGACGCCUCUGCCUUUGAAAACGGUGCGCCCGUUCAUAUUCAAGACUGUGGUGCUGUCAGAGGAGAACCUUGACCAGGAAGACGUCAAUGAAAAAGAAAAAGUUCAAAGCUUACUGACAGAGAAGGUCAACGAGGCCAUCAAGGAGGCUGAAAUACUUCACAGCGGAGAUCCCAAACAACCACUGCUGCCCCUCGUCAGGCUCAGCGUGUUCUUCCAGCACGAAGGUCAAGAUUUCAACAGAGUCAGAUUCUGUCAGAACUUCAAUGGCCUCGUCGCCAAUCCUAAAGAUAUUCUCAUCAUGAAAAGGGAAAAGAAGUUCCGAGAGCGUAAAGAGCGAAUCGAUGAAUCGUCGGACGUCGACAUCGGCGGCGCGGCGGCGGAGGCCGCGGACGUGGAGUCCCUGCUGCGCGCCUACUACGCGGCGCAGCCGGCCGAGCGGCGCCUCGCCGUGCUGUCCGUGCGCGCCGUCACGGAGGCGGUGCGCGACUUCACGCUCAAGCGCGACGACGACGUGUUCCGGCGCGUGCUGGACGCGCAUCGCCAGCGCGCAGUGGACUUGCUGCUCCAGUCCAGCGCCGAGACGGUCGACGAGGUGGACGAGCAGCUCAAGACGUGCAAGGAGGCCCUCGACGCGGCCGACGAGGAGAGCCUGCGGACGGUGAUCGCGGCGGCGGCCACGGCGGCUGCCACCGCCACCAAAGCCGCGGCCGCCACCAAGAAGAGCGAAUCCAUCUUGCUCUCCAGCGACGAGGAGGCGUCGCCCAGCACGCGGGCUCGCGGGCGGGGCGCGCGCGGCGGCCGGACCAGGGCGCGCGGGCGGGGCGCGGGCCGGGGCGCGCGCGCGGUGUCGCCGCCCGCGCCGGCGCCGGUGGAGCGCCGCAGCACGCCGCGGCGCUCGGCGGCGCAGAAGACGUCGUCGUGGUUGCAGGCGCUCACCUCCGAACGCACGACGCGGAGACGCCGCGACUCCUCCGAUAUAGAAAUAUCUGAUGAUUAAACUAAAAGUACUAUUCUAAAUUUAUAAUGCCUUAAUCUUGAUUUGAGAUAUAUUUACAUAAGUGUAAUGUAUGAAUGUGUAGCAAACCAUUAUGUAUUCAUCAGUAAGUCAGUCAGUAUAUCAUAUGUGGGGGGGAGCUCCGCAUGACACGUCACCGAAGGCUCACAACUCUCGUAACGCUUCACAAGUGGUUCUUGCAGGAAAUAUUGUAAGGUGUUACAUGUGCAGCACUCGCCAGUGUAAAAUGUUAUUAAAUUUUGCGGUAAAAAUUAAUUAAAAUAUAUACCUAUUUUCCAA